AUGGCUAACGUUAAAACUCGCCUCAAUGUGUCCCCGGUCCCCCCAGACGAGAUCUUUGCCCUGAACGGCGCCUACGCCGUCGACACCUUUCCCCACAAGGUCAGCCUGGGAGUGGGUGUUUACCGGACCGACGAUGGCAAGCCAUGGCCCCUGCCUGUCGUGCAAAAGGCCGAGAAGCUGCUGGUAGCAGACAAUGACCUUAUGCGCCACGAGUACACAGCUAUCGAGGGUGACGUGCCCUUCCUCGGAAUCGCGCGGGAUCUGAUGUUCGGAUUCGAGGGCAAGCAAUCCGAGGAAGAGGCCAAGGCACGCAUUGCAACCGUACAGACCGUUGCUGGUACCGGUGCCAACCACCUGGGUGCCCUGUUCCUCGCCCACCACAUGAAGCCUCGCAGCGUCUGGCUGUCGAACCCAUCCUGGGCCAACCACCAGACCAUCUGGGAGCUUGCCGGCGUGCCCCGCAAAACCUACCCUUACUACCGCGCCGCCACCCGGUCCUUCGACUUCGAGGGAAUGAUGCACACCCUUGAGAACGAUGCGGAAGAGGGUGACGCCGUGCUCCUGCACGCCUGCGCGCACAACCCCACCGGUCUGGACCCCAACAAGGAGCAGUGGAUGGCCAUUGCUGAUCUCUGCGAGCGCAAGAACCUCUUCCCAUUUUUCGAUUCGGCCUACCAAGGCUUCGCCUCAGGCUCCGUCGAGGAGGACGCCUGGGCUGUCCGCUACUUCUUCAACCACAAGCCCGACAUGGAGAUGUGUGUUGCACAGAGUUUCUCCAAGAACUUCGGUCUUUACGGCCAGCGUGUUGGUGCCUUCCACUAUGUCACUAACCGCAGUUCAACCUCCAUUCGCGACAUCGUGGUGAACAACCUCUGCCACUUGAUCCGUGGCGAGUUCUCCAUGGGCCCCCGUGUUGGCUGCAGCAUCGUCAAGAAGGUCCUCACCAACGAGGAGCUUACUGCCGAUUGGCACCAGGACCUGCAGGUUAUGAGUUCCCGUAUCAAGACUAUGCGCCAGGCUCUGUACAACGAGCUGGUUCGCCUGCAGACCCCCGGAACCUGGGAGCACAUUAUCCAGCAGAACGGCAUGUUCUCUUACACCGGCCUCUCCCCCAAGCAGGUCUACGCCCUCAAGGACAAGUACCACAUCUACCUCCUCAAGUCCGGCCGAGCCUCCAUCAGCGGCUUGAGCGAGAAGAACGUCGCAUACGUCGCACAGGCAAUUGACGAUGUCAUCCGCACCGAGGCCUAA